UAUAUAAAACCCAGAGCUCAGAGCAUUCUGUGCAACUCAGAGCUUGAGGCAGCAACAAAACAGGAUCUACUCUAUUCAAAUACACCUUCCACAACUGUAACCAUGGUACUGGAGGACUCUAAGGACAGCGUCUUUGAAAUUGACAUCACUGAGGAAGAUGUGGAGACUUUGUUUGGAAAGGUGCACUGCACCAUGAAGGGUGUCCCGAGGGCCAACCGGCCUACCAUCCUGACAUUCCAUGACAUUGGACUGAACCAUAAGAGCUGUUUUGAGUCACUCUUUAAUCAAAAAGACAUGCAAGAGAUCAUGCAACACUUUGCUGUGUGCCAUGUUGACGCCCCGGGACAGCAGGAGGGUGCCAGCACACUCUCCACAGAGUAUACCUACCCUUCGAUGGAUCAGCUCUCAGAGGCCGUCCCUAUGGUCCUUGAGCACUUUGGUCUGAAGAGUGUGAUUGGAAUGGCGGUCGGUGCUGGAGCCAACAUCCUUGCCCGCUUUGCACUAAAACACCCAGACAUGGUUGAAGGUCUUGUUCUGAUUAAUAUGAGCGCUCAGGCAGAGGGCUUUAUGGACUGGGCAGCACAAAAGAUUACAAGCUGGACUCACGCUCUCCCUGAUACUGUAAUAUCACACCUGUUUGGAAAGGAGGAGAUACAUAAUCAUGAACUGAUCUCAACCUUCCGUCAUCUCAUUACAAACAAUGUAAACCAGUCCAACCUGCAGCAGUUUGUCAAGUCCUACAAAAGCCGACGGGAUCUGGAGAUCGAGCGACCGGUACAAGGAGGAAACGUUAAUGUACAAACACUCCAGUGUCCAGUUUUGCUGAUAGUGGGUGAUAAUUCUCCAGCUGUGGAUGCUGUGGUUGACAGCAACUCCAGAAUGAAUCCAACAACAACCACCUUUCUCAAGAUGGCUGACUGUGGCGGCCUGCCUCAGAUUGAUCAGCCUGAAAAACUAAUAGAAGCUUUCAAAUAUUUUAUCCAGGGAAUGGGCUACAUGCCCUCUGUCAGUAUGACCCGUCUGGCUCGAUCUCGUACGGCCAGCAACUCAUCCCUCAACCGCAACCGCAGCGGUACAAACACGACGGAUGAGCAGCGUGGACGUUCCCACACUGACGUCUCCAUGGAGAGCGCCACAAACAUGGAGCACAGUUCCUCAGGUCCCACACUUUCCGUCGAACUGAUCUGCUGAACGCCUCUGCAGGCGGUUUAAAAUUGGACCUAAAAUGACAGAAUUUGAACCUGAAAGCUGAUGCUCCUGUGAUUU